GAAAUGUAAAAAAGAAAUUUUACUUCAUUUGUUUCACAUAUUUUAUUCCUUGUUUGUUAGGUGAGACAUACUACUUAUGACCAGUUCGAAUCUGAUGAACUGAUCAGGAAUAUAGCGAAGGAUGAAUGUUUUGAAGAGGUAUGUUUUGCGAUUGUUCAUAUCAUUGAAGUACAUUACAGCAAAUGUAUUGGACAGAACCAAUGGGUGGAUUGUUGCAACAGCAUCGACAGUUGAAAAUUCUGUUAAAAACUCACUUGAAUGUGGUCGGUCCUGCAAUGCCAAGGCAGCAACAGUUGUGGGAGAGGUCUUGACUAUGCGACUCAAAGUGGAGGGCCUUGAACAAGGACAAGGAAGACGGAUUCAUGUCAAUGUAAACAAAGAAGUUGAGAAAAAAGGUUUCAAGAACGGCACCGAAAUAUGGGCAAUUGUCAAUGCGCUCAAGAACAAUGGAGUCAAACUCAUUCUUGACGACAAUGAUGAUGAUGUUUCCAGGCCAAGUUUCUGAUAAGUUUUGGCUUUAUCGUUUUUUCUUUUUAGUCUUCUUCACUAAAUGUUUAGAUUUCUAUGUAGAAGGUAGUUUAUACAUGUUUACUAGCGAAACGAAAGUGAGAGAAUUGCUCUCAUUAUUUAUUUGCGUUGCCAUAUAUUUAUAUCAAACAAGAAUCCCAUUGGGAAAAUUUUAUUUAUUCUAU